UACAGUACUAUUCACUUUCUGUGAUGUACUGAAGUCCUUUCAACGCUCCAUAUUUUUCAAAAAUAUUAUUUUACCAAUAUGCUAAUCCACAUCGUCCUUAAUACAGAGAUUUUUCGAAAGGAUAGUAUUUUCACUUGAAGCAUGUAACAAAUGCUUAUUGUUCACAUCUAUGUUGUCGCAUGUUUUGAAAUGAAUAUGCAGAUAUGAAUUAUGAUUAGGCGUGAUCACCGACGACUACCGAUUACAAAACCACGAUUAAUAUGAAUUUAAUGUGCCUGGAAGACGAUCAGUUUCCGAACUGGCCGGCGGCCCCGCUGUGCUGUGCCUUUCGGGCAAGCUGUGACCCGGCCGUGGCUGAGGACAGCAGGGCGCUGAGUAACCUGCUGGCUCUGGAGAAGCGGCACUGGACCGCCGGCACCGGCUCCUACUUCGGCCGCGUCCAGACUGAUGUUCAGCCGCACAUGCGGAGGACGCUGACGGCGUGGAUGUUCCAGGUUUGUGAGGAGCAGAAGUGUGAGGAUGAGGUGUUUCCCUUGUCAGUCAACUUCCUGGAUCGGUACUUGGCUGCUUUUCCAUUAAAGAAGACUCACCUGCAGCUCCUGGGCACAGUUUGCUUGUUUUUGGCUUCCAAGCUUCGUGAGACAGUCCCCCUGAGUGCCACCAAGCUGUGCAUCUACACCGACUAUAGCAUCAAGGUGUCGGAGAUUCUGAAAUGGGAGCUCAUAGUUGUAUCCCAGCUGAACUGGGACCUCGCCUCUGUGCUGCCCUCUGAUUUCCUGGAGCAGAUUUUACACCAAUUAUCGGCUGUUCCUCUCAACAGCAGCAUUCUACAUAAACACAUCCAUUCCUACAUCGCUCUGACAACUAUUGAGUACACGUUUUCCAUAUACCUGCCAUCCACAAUUGCGGGUGCCAGCAUAAUGGCUGCUUUUCACCGGGUAAAGUUUCUAGAAGAAUCUUUCACUUGGGAUUGGCUUAUAGGACGCCUCAGCAGUGUCUUGUGCAGUGAUCUGGGCUCUCUCUACUCCUGCUUCUUGAAGCUGGAGAACAUGUUGGCCUUCUGCUUGCCACCAUCCAUGACACUCUCAAACACCUCCAUGCCUGCUUGUGUGCGAGACGUCCAGCUGACGUCAGCUGUGUCGGGUCCUGGUGGAGAGGAGGCAGGGUGCUUUUCGGGGCCUGAGAAUCCCUGAGUUUAGGGGAAACCGAAAUGAAAUAUAAAGAAAAAUGUUACUCAAAAAUUCAAUGACCUUUGGGUUUUAUUUUUCUUAAGGAUUUUUAAAAGAAAUCAGUUGUAUUUUAUUAUAUUGAUAUGUGUUAUGGGUUAAUUGUAACUG